AUGGAGGAGCUGGUUCACGAUCUAGUCUCAGCAUUGGAAGAAAGUUCAGAGCAAGCCAGAGGGGGUUUUGCUGAUACUGGAGAUCAUUCUCGAAGUGUGUCUUGCCUUCUAAAGCGACAGGCAAGGAAAAGGAGGGGACGAAAAAGACGUUCAUUUACCACCCAUCAUCCUUGGGAAACUGGUCACUGCUUAAGUGAAGGUUCUGAUUCCAGUUUAGAAGAAUCAAACAAAGACUACAGGGAGAAUCAUGCUAAUAAGAAAGACCACAGUGACUCUGAUGACCAGUUGCUAGUUGCUAAACGUAGGCCUUCCUCAAACUUAAAUAACAUGAGAGGCAAAAGACCUCUAUGGCAUGAACCAGAUUUGACUGUUGACAGUUUGGGAAACAGAACUUUGCGCAGGAGAAGAAAGGUAAAACGGAUGGCAAUAGAUCUGCCAUCAGAAGUCUCUAAUGCACUGACAAUAACUCAACAGCAGGAUAACAGCAGAGAUCAAGACAUGGACAAUGACAAUAAAUCAUACCAACACCAAGAGUUCUCCAAGAGCAAAGUGAAAAAAAGAAAAGUAGCUGCAUCUCGACAAGGACCAGAAAUCUUGGAUGAAGGAGUAGUUAUAGAAAAUGAAGAACUGAACCAAGCAAAUAAGGACAAAAUGGAAUAUGAGGAGCAAAAGGGCUCAGAUGAGAACAUGAGUGACAGUGAAUCCAGCAGUCUGAGCAGCAGUGAUGCUGGUUUGUUUACCAAUGAUGAGGGAAGACAAGGUGAUGAUGAGCAGAGUGAUUGGUUUCAUGAAAAUGAAUCUGGUGGAGCAUGUGGAAUUACAGGAGUCAUUCCAUGGUGGGAACAAGAAGAUGCUGCAGAGCUGGAGAGAGAACUGCCUGAUCCAGUCUUUCAAAGUAUCUUAACUGGUACUUUCCCUCUUAUGUCCCGUUCAGGAAGAAGAGGUUUCCAGAGUAGACUUAGUCAUCUUCAUGGAGUGCCUGCAAGAAACAUAAAAAAGGCUUCAGGAAACCAGAAUGCAUUGAUAACUCCAGGACCAGGUGGCAGCAGGAAAACAGUUCAUUUGUCCCAGGAUUCUCUUCAUCAUGACCACUGGUUUAGCCCUGGAGCUAGGAAGGAACAUAGCCAGCUUCAACUCUUGCGAGACAACCGAUCGGAGAGAGGACAUAAGAAGAACAGCUCUGUAAAAACAGCUAGCAGGCAAACCAGUGUACAUUUAGGAUCAUUGUGCAUGGGAGACAUCAAACGGAGAAGGAAAGCUGCUCCCCUGCCAGGGCCCACAGUAAGUGGGUUUGUAGGUGAAAACACGCAACCAAUCCCAGAAAACAACAUUGGAAACAGAAUGCUUCAGAGUAUGGGUUGGACCCCUGGCUCAGGCCUUGGACCAGACGGCAAAGGAAUAGCAGAGCCAAUACGAGCCAUCCAGAGACCAAAAGGACUCGGACUUGGAUUUAGCUGA